CGUUAAGAAGGGACAGAGGAGGGUGGGGAAGGUGGCUUGCGGUCAGUUGCGCCACCCGCCCACUCUUCCCUGGAGCUCCACAACAAAGGUCACCACGCUAUGGAUACCGCCAGAGACUAUGCCGGAACCCUGAUAAGGCCUUUGACUUUCAUGGGAUCACAAACCAAACGAGUUUUGUUAACUCCCCUCAUGUAUUCAUCUCGGCCUUUCCGGGUCUCAAAUCAUGACCGAAGCAGCCGGCGUGGUGUGACAGCCAACACACUGAAGGAACUCAUUAGCAAGACCCUGGAAGCUUUAGCAAUUACUCCUGGGCUGGUUACUUUGGUGUUGGAAGAAGAUGGCACAGUUGUGGAUACUGAAGAAUUCUUUCAGACCCUAGGAGAUAAUACACAUUUCAUGAUCUUGGAAAAAGGACAGAAGUGGACACUGGGUCCUAAAUAUGUUACUCAGAAGCAAAAAAGGUCUGGAAUUGCAAGAGUCACUUUUGAUUUAUAUAAGAUGAAUCCCAAAGACUUUCUUGGAUGCUUAAACGUGAAAGCCACCAUGUAUGAGAUGUACUCUGUCACUUAUGACAUCAAAUGUACAUCUGCCAAAGCUGUGCUGAGGCACUUCUUGAGGUUUAUGUCCUAUGCUGCCCAAGUCACUGGACAAUUUCUCAUCUACACUGGAAAUUACAUGUUACGUGUGCUUGACAAUCCUGAUGAUUCUACCCCUCCUCUGAAACCAAGAACCAAGGGGUGGCUCCAGUAGGGGGACAGUGCCUUGCAUUAAAGGAAAUGUAGAUGGCUCCUUUAGUUUCCUUCUCAAUGUUAACUUUUAAAUGACAUAUAAUUGCAGAUAGUUGGCCACUGCUACUCAAUACUAAUAAUUCAGAUAAAAGUUAGCUCUGGUCAGCUUUUUGUUUCUAGGAAAUUUCUUUAUGCUAAUGAAAGGGAUGAUAUGCAGAAGUGAGCCUGGAAAAAAGGGUAAACAUAGUGGGUUUCCAAUGACUGAAAAUGGGAAAAGCUAUCCUCUGUGAAUUGCUACAAAGAGGACUAAAUAAAUAUACUACUCAAUAAA